UAGGUUAAAUAUUUGUUUACGGCUGGAGACCAAUGGCCCCAAGAAGGCAAACAUCGAUUAAGGAGAUGAAGACUUUAGGGUGGUUCGUGACGUUUCAUCGGAAAAAAAAGGUAAUUUUAUGAUUUUGUUUACGUUUUGAAAGUUAUUUGGUUGACAAUUUUGAGUUUUGUUCGUUAGCCUUUUGGAAAAGUAGAGGAAGACUUCUGGAACGAUUUUAAGGAUGAAUUGGGUGGUAUCUGGACACUAAUUGAUGAAAAGGAAAACAAACACGAACUGAAAUGUGAAGUCAUCCGUGAAGAACCACUCCUGACAGAUGGUUGGGGUUUCUUGCGAAAAUUUUAUGGGAUGACUGGAGAUCAUUCCAUCAUGUUUCGGUACGUAGGGUUGAGGUUGUUUGACAUUACUGUAUGGAUUAACCCAUCGAACCUAAAAUCCAUAGAUGAAGCUACAAACCCUUCGCGUUCAUGUGGUAAUCCUAACCCGGUAAGUCCAUCUGAAAAUCGGCGACCUAGUUAUACGAAAAAAGUGUUCAAAGUAGUGCUGAAUGAGUACAAAGCAAGUGGAAGACAAUUGAGCUUGCCAGUUGAAUUUGGAGAUCAUUUGCGUAAGAGAAGAUGGAAAACAUUGAAUAUUUGUGGUCCUGUGGAGAUGGUGAAAUGUUCUAUCAUCAUUCCUUCUGAGGGAAGGAAAUCUGUAAAACUUGGGAAAGAUUGGAAGUUUUUUUGUUACAAAAAUCAGUUUGUUGCAGAAGAUGAACUUGAAUUUUCAUUUCCUCAUGAUAGACGCAAUUUGGCGCAUGUUAUGAAGAUUGAGAAUUGA